AGUCUCUCGCCAGCGCUGCACCGGACCCGGCUUGGCUCCCCGCGCGCAAGAGGCAGCACCCAGCGAGGCGCGACUCGUUCUCUUCCAGAUUGGCCAGCUAUGAGUGGCAUUGAUUUGCAUUCGAUAUUUGAUGUGGAAGUGGGGAACCUUUCCGAAGCCAACUUGACCUGCAAUGGAGACUGUAUCACUGUGGACUCGGUAUCAUGCCCGAAUACACUCAACAAAAGCGCUCUGCUCUACACGCUGGCUAUUUUUUACAUCUUUAUCUUUAUGAUAGGGCUGGUGGCCAAUUUUGUCGUUGUCUGGAUGAACUUCCAAGCCAAAACGACUGGCUAUGAAACUCACCUCUACAUCUUCAACCUCGCCAUCGCUGACCUGUGUGUGAUCAUCACUGUGCCGGUGUGGGUCAUCUCCCUUGUUCACCAUGGCCAGUGGCACAUGGGGGAGGUCAUGUGCAAGAUCACGCUCCUUGUGUUUUCCAUAAACUUGUACGGGAGCAUCUUUUUCUUGGCGUGCAUGAGCGUCGAUCGCUAUCUCUCGGUUGUGUACUUCGCUGCCUCCAACAGUGUUAAAAAGAAGAUGAUCCGCCGUUGCAUCUGCGUCUUCGUGUGGCUUUUUGCCUUUUUUGUGUCUCUUCCCGAUGCCUAUUACCUUAAGACAGUUUCUUCUAGCGGGGAAACCUACUGCCGCCCCCUCUAUCCAGAGGAGAACGCCAAAGAAUGGCUGGUGGGCAUGGAGCUGAGCUCCGUAAUUCUAGGUUUUGUCAUUCCUUUUCCUAUCAUUGCUGUUUUCUAUUGCCUGCUAGCAAGAACCAUCUGUGCCUCUAGUGACCAAGAGAAGAAGAGCAACGGGAAAAUCAUCUUCUCCUAUGUCAUUGUGUUCCUCAUCUGCUGGCUGCCGUACCACGUGACUGUCCUCCUUGACAUAUUCACAGCCCUCCAUUUCAUAUCCUUCAGCUGCCAAACGGAGAACUUCCUUUACGCAGCCCUUCACGUGACUCAGUGCUUAUCUUUAGUUCACUGCUGCGUCAACCCCAUCCUCUACAGCUUCAUCAACCGAAACUACAAGUACGAACUCAUGAAGGCAUUCAUCUUUAAAUACUCAGCUAAAACUGGCCUUACUAAACUGAUCGAUACUUCCAGGGUAUCCGAAACAGAGUAUUCUGCUCUGGAGCAAAACGCAAAAUGAUUACAGCUUUGCAAAGGACUUUUAAGUGUUCUUGUCUUUAACUGGACAGCACAUUUGGCCUAACAGAAUACCAAUGAGAGAUUUCUGGGGUGUUUGAGCAAAAGAUGUACUAUCGAACUGCUGCAUGUGCAAGAUCACGCUCCUUGUGUUUUCCGUAAAUUUGUACGGGAGCAUCUUUUUCUUGGCGUGCGUGAGCGUUGAUCCCGACUUUUCCGUGCAUCCCUACUUUUUUCAGCUAUGUUAGUAGAGAAAAUGCACAGUAAACAAAGGGUCUUGUAUUACAGAUGUGGCCAGUUUGCAUUGCUUCUGGCUCUGGAUGAGAAUGGCCUCAUCCCGGCUGGAUUUAUUGACUUCGCUGUAUACAUUUUACAGUGUGUGUUUAAAGAAGCUGGAACUCUUAUUUUAAUGCUGUUGAUGUACCUUUUUGUAAUGGUAUUGGAAAAUUAAAUAUAUUUUUAUCAUAUACGUAAAGCAUAUUGCCAGUGACUAUAUAAUGCUGUAGUUUUAAUAUUAGAUUUCCACUCAGUGUGAUACUCAAAGAGUUAGAACUAUUAUCAGUUGCUACGUUGAGAAUUAUAUGUUCUUCAGAGUUGGUCUUGACUAAAAUUCUGUGACAAAAGAGUUGUAAAUAUAAUAUAGUUUUAUUGUAAUACUCAGGGCUUUUUUUCUGCUGGAACGCAGUGGAACGGAG